GGAUCCAGUUCGCCACCCAACCAGAAAAUCAAGGGACGGAUCAACCUUCGCUUGUUUCCACUCUUCUUCGACAGGGGGAGUUGGGUCUUGGGCUGAUCUAGGAUCACAGCGGCGAGAGGCUCACAUCCGAGUCCCACUCUGAACGGAGACCAUGAAGACAGUGGGUUGGGAGCAGCGCCCUGCGGAUAGUUUUAGGGACCAUCCGGACAAUUCAGACACUUUCCAGACGUACUGAAUGACCCGGUCGGGAUGGCAGGAGGACGGAGAGGACUGGUAGCUCCCCAGAAUACUUUUCUAGAGAACAUUGUAAGACGAUCAAACGACACCAACUUUGUUCUGGGGAAUGCCCAGAUUGUGGACUGGCCCAUCGUGUACAGCAACGAUGGCUUCUGCAAGCUGGCUGGCUAUCACCGGGCUGAGGUCAUGCAGAAGAGCAGCACGUGCAGCUUCAUGCAUGGGGAACUCACCGACAAGGAAACGUGCGAAAAAGUCCAACAAACCUUUGAAAACUAUGAGACAAAUUCAUUUGAGAUUCUUAUGUACAAGAAGAACAGGAUGCCAGUGUGGUUCUUCGUCAAAAUUGCCCCCAUAAAGAAUGAACAGGACAAAGUGGUACUAUUUCUGUGCACCUUCAGUGACAUCACAGCCUUCAAGCAGCCUAUCGAGGAUGAUUUAUCUAAAGGCUGGGGCAAGCUGGCCCGUCUUACCCGAGCCCUGACGAGCAGCCGGGGGGUCCUACAGCAGCUGGCCCCCGCCGUCCACAGGGGCGAGAAUGUGCACAAGCAUUCGCGCCUCGCAGAGGUGUUGCAGCUUGGGUCAGACAUCCUCCCACAGUACAAGCAAGAAACACCAAAGACCCCCCCUCACAUAAUCCUGCACUACUGCACGUUCAAGACCACCUGGGAUUGGGUCAUCCUCAUCCUCACCUUCUACACUGCCAUCAUGGUGCCCUAUAACGUCUCCUUCAAGACCAAGCAGAACAACGUGACCUGGCUGGUGGUGGACAGCAUUGUGGACGUGAUAUUUCUGGUGGACAUCGUGCUCAAUUUCCACACCACCUUCGUGGGGCCUGCGGGGGAAGUGAUAUCGGACCCUAAACUCAUCCGGAUGAAUUAUGUUAAGACCUGGUUUGUCAUUGACCUGCUGUCGUGUUUGCCCUACGAUGUCAUCAACGCCUUUGAGAAUGUAGAUGAGGGAAUCAGCAGCCUGUUCAGCUCCCUCAAGGUGGUCCGGCUGCUCCGUCUGGGCCGUGUGGCCCGCAAGCUGGACCACUACAUUGAGUAUGGCGCCGCCGUGCUGGUGCUGCUGGUGUGUGUGUUCGGGCUGGCCGCCCACUGGCUGGCCUGCAUCUGGUACAGCAUCGGCGACUAUGAGGUCAUCGACGAGGACACCAAUAUGGUGCGCAUCGACAGCUGGCUCUACCUGCUGGGUGAGACCGUGGGCACGCCGUAUCGCUUCAACGUCACCGGCUCCGGCAAGUGGGAGGGAGGGCCCACUAAGGAUUCGGUCUACAUCACCUCCCUCUACUUCACCAUGACCAGCCUCACCAGCAUCGGAUUUGGGAACAUCGCGCCAACCACCGACGGCGAGAAGAUCUUUGCGGUGGCUAUGAUGAUGAUCGGAUCGCUCCUGUACGCAACCAUAUUUGGUAAUGUGACCACCAUCUUCCAGCAGAUGUACGCCAACACGAACAGGUACCAUGAGAUGCUCAACAGCGUGAGGGACUUCCUGAAGCUCUACCAGGUGCCCAAGGGCCUGAGUGAGAGAGUCAUGGACUACAUUGUCUCCACCUGGUCCAUGUCCAGAGGAAUAGAUACUGAAAAGGUCUUACAGAUCUGCCCGAAAGACAUGAGAGCGGAUAUCUGCGUGCACCUCAACAGGAAGGUGUUCAAGGAGCACCCUGCCUUCCGGCUGGCCAGCGACGGCUGCCUGCGGGCACUGGCCAUGGAGUUCCAGACGGUGCACUCUGCCCCUGGCGACCUCAUCUUCCACGUGGGUGAGAGCGUGGACAGCCUCUGCUUCGUGGUGUCAGGCUCCCUGGAGGUUAUCCAAGAUGACGAGAUCGUCGCCAUUCUCGGCAAGGGGGAUGUUUUUGGGGACAUCUUCUGGAAGGAAGUGAAUCUGGCUCAGUCCAGCGCUAAUGUGCGAGCCCUGACCUACUGCGACCUGCACAUCAUCAAGCGGGAUGCUCUGCAGAAGGUGCUGGAGUUCUAUACUGCUUUUUCCAACCACUUCUCCCGCAACCUGGUGCUGACAUACAACCUGAGGAAGAGGAUGAUCUUCCGCAAGAUCAGCGACGUUAAGCGUGAGGAGGAAGAGCGGCUGCGGAGGAAGAACGAGGCCCCCCUGAACCUGCCCCCUGACCAUCCUGUACGGAGGCUGUUCCAGCGAUUCCGGCAGCAGAAGGAGGCGCGGCUUGCAGCGGAGCAGGCGGCCAAAGAGGAGCUCGACCUGGAGAGCGGCACACUCCAAGUCCUCAAGGACGAUGAUCAUGGCGUCGUCGCCACCACCAGCCUCGUCACUGUGACGGAGAGCCCCGUCACCUCCGUAUCCUCCAUCUCCUCCUCCGCCCCCGCCUCCGAGCCCACUGACCGCGUGAAGCCGCAGACCCCGGCACUAAACUCCUCCGUCAUCUCCGGUGGCAGGAAGUCCACGGAGCCUGCGAAGGGGAAAGGUUGGGGCCGGUUCAAGGAGGCAAUGGUGAGCGGGGAGAACUGGGGCAAGGUAUCCAAAGCUGAGUCUCUGGAAACUCUUCCGGAUAGAACUAAGUCACAAGAAGAGGCCUCCCUGAAGAAGACGGACUCGUGCGACAGUGGGAUCACCAAAAGUGACCUGCGGUUAGACAACGUGGGGGAGGUCCGGAGCCCUCAGGACCGUAGCCCUGUCCAGCCUGGGCUGAAGCACGCCUUCUACCCCAUCCCCGAACACACCAUCCAGGCUUCUUUCCUGGAGCUCAAGCGCGAACUCAAAGAAGACAUCAGCGCCCUCAGUAAUCGGAUGGCCGCCCUCGAGAGCCAGCUGGCGGAAAUGCUCCGGAUACUCAGAUCGAGGAAAGGCGCGGCUUCCCCCGAGCACAUCUUUGAAGUAUCACAGCCGGAGUCGCCCGAAUCAGACAAAGACGACACUUUCUCCUAAUGUCUGUGGGUUGAACUUCCCAGCAACUGAGUAUACAGGAGCUGGCCCUGAGUCUUGGCUCUCUAACAGGGUAGCGUGCACCCGCUGCAUUCUGGGAAAACACUGGAUCACAUGUCCAUUCCCGCUUUCCAGCGACUGAGUAUACAGGAGCGGUUCCUGGAUCCUGUCUCUCUGACAGGGUAGCAUGCACCUAUUGUAUUCUGGGAAAACACUGGAUCACACGUCCAUUCCCACCUUCACAUGAGCAAUAGAGCUUGUGCAAAGCGGCAAUUCGACAUUCACAUGAAUGAACUGAGUGGCCAAAUUUCGAAAUUAGUUUUUUUCAGUUUUGCCAUAAAAUUAAUUGAUGAUGUGAGGAGUAAUUUGAUUUUUCAGUCAGAAAUGAUAUUUAAAUAGCAAACACUCAGGAUAAUUUUUGACACGUAUGGAAGAGCCAUACUUUUGCUGUUCUCUGACUGAAAGCCUGAUAAUAAAUAUCUGUCACCUUUUCAAUGGAAAUAAUUAAAUUAAUGUUGAUAUGUUUUUCUGUACAAAAAUGAUCAUAUCAAUUCAGUAUUUAAGUAAGCAACUAAAGGGUUGCCAGUAUUUUCCAGCACCUUUCCCCCAACCUGAAAGUAUUACUGAUGUGUCUGAAAUGUCCUGAAAUUAUAAAGACCAUUUGUGUUGAUCCACUGGUUUACUACACUGCUGUUUUUAAUGUCUUCCAAAAAAUUCACCAAAAAAUUUGAAAAUGUUGAAUUGGUUUCCCUGUGUGUGGAUAAAUGAUGGAUGGAUGGAUGGAUGGAUGGAGUGUGAAAAUGUCUUAUAGUCCUUAUAGUCUUGCCUUUCCUGAUAAUGAGUACUGAUUCUUCUUCUUUUUCACUGACAUCCUUUACUUCUUUUAAUCCAUUUUAAAGCUGACCUUUCACAUAGUCCAUAGGCCAAAAGAUCGAUACAUUGUUUACAUUUCUUUUUUCUCAGAUCAGAAUGACCAUACAUUUUUUUUUCAUAAAAAUGUAUAAAUGUCUGAUGCCUAAUAUUUGAUGAUUGGAUGAUAUAUUAUUAUAUAUUUUAUAUAUUUAUGAUGAGUUAGACAAUGUAAAUCACUGAGUAUUAGACAGAUAUUGAACAACUGCAAUCUAUUUCAUACAUGUGACAGCUAUCACCUCUUGUAUUUCUAUCAGAAUUUGAGAUUUCGCAUGUUAGAAUGCUCUGUCAAGUAGUUUGAAAUACAUUCAGGGCCUAACACUCAAUUUGACUUUCAGUGUCCAAAAUGAAUCAAUUUGGCAGCUAAGUAGUGUACCAAGAAGGUCCACUUUACUCUCAGAAUGUGCUUUAAUCAUCAUCAUGCUCGCUUUAUUUCUGUUUUAUUGGCCUUAAAAUAAUUUUAGUUUUAUAUCUGGGGAAACAUUCACAAGCUCUUUUAUAUUUUUUAUAUAUCAUAGUAUCAAACAAAUCCGGUAAAAUGUAUACUGUGUUGGUGGCCAGCAGGGGGCGUAGUGGUUAGAGAAAGGCCUGCAGGUGGCAGUUCCUGGGGAGCACUGCUGUUUGUACCUCACCUACCUGAGCAGAAACGCUUUAGUAAAGCUGUAUAAAAUGUAUUAUAACAAUGGUAACACUGAAAUGAAAGUAUAGCAUGGUCUUCUAGCACUGAAAAAUGAAUAGCAAGAGUUAUAUUAUGAAAGUGAAGAGUGUGAUUGUGGUGUAUGGUUGUGUGGGGUUAAGGAACACCCCCCUUACAAUGCGUGAGGCUUUAUAUCAAACUGAUUGAUAUUAAUGGUCUGAAGUUCCACACAUAACAACAUGCAGCCAUAGAGUCAGUAUUUGUUGAUGGGAAGUACUGUUUUACAGUUUGGAGAGACAGCAUUGAUUCUGAGGGAGUGCUUGUAUUGCGGGGACUUUUCUUUUUCUUGCAUGUCUGAAAAAGGAAUGAAAAUAAUAAUAAAUUAAAUGACUGCUUUAUGUCAAAAUCAGCCAGAACUGUGUAUUGUUGAAAUGAUUUAUUUGCUCAGGAAAUCCAUUUGUAGAUAACAUUUCAGAGCACUUUUACAGUAUAUAAAAAACAAGACAUAAAAUAAACCUCAAAAUUGGAGCAUGAGGGUUUGGCUUACCUUUUCCUUGUGGCUAUUUGCACCUCAGUCACGUGUUGUUCUUUUACUGCAACGCUGAAUACUUGUGGCUGCCAGCUAAGUCACAUGACAGUGCAAUUGUCCAUGAUGUAACAAAGUUUUGGAAAAUUCAUGAAAUGAGUCAAUUCAGCAUGUAAGAUUUACACAUCUAUUCAGUGGAUUUUUAGUUGGUAUUCAACGGCUAUUUAUGAAAAAUAAAUUACUACAUGGAAAAAAAUAUCUAAGAAAUGAUGACCAUGUGACCUAUCAUGAAAUGAAACUCAAAGUAAUGGGGAACAUCAACAAUACAGCCUCAUGUGCAGCAGGACGCAAUAAACACCAAUAACACCAA